AUGUCCACGACUCGAUCGAAUCCUCCGGCUCAGUCCGGGGCUCGAUGGAAAGAUGCAGUGAGUAGAUGGGAGAGUCGCCUUGAUCACUCCAACUACGAAAAGAAUCCUCAUAAUAAGGCCAUUGCCGAGUUCAAGAGCUAUGAGGACCUCUUGGUCGACCUCGAAAAGCGUCUACGCGACCACCAAGAUUCCUCUAGCGAAACGACUACACACAGCCUUCACAGACUUCGCCCUGUUAUGAACACGGUGAAUCAACUCUCCCCAUGGCUGCUUACUGCUACAGCUAUCAAGGAAGUUACUUCCAAGCAUGUGACCCUUGUGUGGGCUCUUUUGUAUCUCGGUGUGAACAGCCUCUUAAGUUUCUCAGGCAAAAGCCCAAAGGAAGACAAGAAUUUGAGACAUAAUCUGCUCAAGGAGGUAGAGUCUUUGAGGAGAGAAAUGGAGAAGUUCGAUGAAAUAUCCCAAAACUUGGUCAAAUUUUCGAAUACUGAGGGGAGCAAUCAACAGAUUGCGGCAGCCAUCGUUGACAUGUUCGAGUCGUUCAUUAACUUUUGGGUGCAAGGCGUUGUGGAGCUUGACAAUUGGAGGGGUGAAGAAAAAUCGUGGCUGCUGAUAUAUGAUAAUGUGGAAGAUUUCAGCAUCUCCAAAGAUUACCUGCCUCCCACUCCGACGUCUGGGUCAGUUCUUAUGACGACUCGAUAUAGCCAUGUGGCAUCCAAAGCAUCUGGAAUGCAGAAUUCGCGAGAACUUCACACCUUCAAUCCUGAAGAUAGCCUCGAUAUCUUCACCGCCUUCAGAAAGGAAUAUCAUCAGAAGCAUUCACCUGUGCCACCAUUGACGCCAGAUGAGAAAGAAGACGCGGAGUUCAUUAUCAGAGAACUAGGUGGGCUCGUCCUAGCCAUCGAGAUUAUUGCGGCAUAUAUCGAGAGUAAUGCGUUCACGAUCGCUGGGUUCCGGAAGAAAUAUUCGCGAACGAGAGCCGCGAUUCAUAAGAAGAAGGUUGGCAUCAACAGGGUUGACAGUGACCGCUCUAUAGAGGAUAUUUGGCAGAUGACGAUUGACAGUAUUAAAGGGACCAAAGCCCAUCACCUCCUGGAGAUCGUUUCAAUGCUCUCCCCAGAUCAUAUCCCGCUUGAGCUGUUCUGGUCAGAUGAACUUCGCGAACAUAUUAAACAACUUGAAGAAGGAUUUGAGCAUUUUGAUCAUCCUUUGUUCCCGUCAAACGGAGCGGAAGACUUUGGCGAAGAGAUCCUGGACGAGGCUGCUGACCAGCUGAAGGGUUUAGCACUCAUCCGUCGAACUGGGAAUACGAUCUCAAUUCAUCGCUUACUGCAAAGCUCAAUCUACUCCAACAUUCCCAUCAAGGAGCGUCAGCCAGUGUUUGACGGUGCAGCAAAGCUGGUCAACUUUGUGUUUCCCAAACAGAAGGACAUCGAACCAUUAGGUGAUCGAUGGCCACAAUGUAGAAAGUACAUUGAACACGCGCAAACUCUAGCUGCGCUAUUCACGAGCGCGUUCGAAAUCGCGAAGUCAAGGCUCAACCCAUCGCCAGAGUUACAAGAGCUAACGAAGAACGCGGCAUGGUACCUUUAUGAGACAGGAGAACACAGAUCAUGCUACAACAUGGUCGAGCAAGCAUGGGAAAUGUGUCCAGACCCCCAAAAUUCCGUUAUUUAUGCCCAUCUUUGCAACACAGCCGGUGUUGUCCACUUUGACUGGAACGAGCUGUCAAAGAGCGAGGAGAUGCACAAGAAGUGUUUGGAAAUCAGGUCUAAGCUACUCCCCGAAAAUGACCCGACUUUAUCGGGCAGCCACUUUAACCUCGGCCAGGUAUACAGCGCGCUGGGAAAGCAUAAGGAAGCAGAGGACGAAUUUGAGAUUUAUCGGCAAAUCAUUGAACGAUCGGGCGUUCCCCAGGAGACCAUAAUGAAGGGGCUUGCCAACAUGGUUUUCGGACGGGCGCUAUUCCUGCAGGGCAAGCUGAAGGAGGCCAAGUUCAAGUUCGACGACAGUUACAAAUGCUUUGGCGGGCCUGAGAAAAAAACCUCGAUUCUUCUGGCGUAUCUCAUGUUGUGCUAUGGUAAUAUGGCAUUAGCGAAUUCAGUCUUUGCCCAAGCCAUGGAAAACUUUGAAGAAGGAUAUACGAUGGCGAUGGAACACGCACCAACACACGCUCUUACUGCAGCCUUCCAGUACAAGCUUGGAUUCAUCCAGUUCCAUCACAGACGAUUUGACCAUGCCUUGGAACAUUGCCGAGCCGGUCUCCCAAUUGUUGAGGCCAGUAAACUACGUGGAGAUCAGGCCCGAAUCUUGUACCUGAUGUCGGAAUGUCUGCAUGGCAAGGCUAAACAGGCUAUGGACCAGGGGCUUUCAACUGCUGCUGAAUUGCAGAAAGAGGCCAAGAGCCUUGCAGAAAAAGCAAAGGGCAUCAGGGACGACCUAUCGAGUGUCAAAGAAACGGAUGUGAUAGAGGCGUGUCUUGGAUUCAAGGCCUACGAUUCACUCGUCUGCCUGUACCAGAGGUAG